AUGAAGUCACAUGCAUGACAGAUUCAAAAGAACCUUUGCAGUGGUCGAGCAGAACCAUGUUUAUCUGAUAAGUAGCUAUUUAGUUCAGCAAAAUUUGAAUUUCAUUGGUUUUCAAUUUUGUUUGUAUUUGAUUUGUAUUCAUCCUUUCAUCAAAUAUUUAUUCUUUGACUUUUAUGAUUAUGCAAGAGCUUUAGAAUAGAGAUUAUGACUAGUUUUGUGUGUGAAUGUAUUUAAGAAAUAGUACAAAAAUUUAAAUCCAUCCUAGGGGUCUGCAAUAAUGGUUUUCAUUAAAAAAAAGCAAUACAUUACUCAAUUUUUAGCAACACUGACUUAAAUAUUCAUCAUCCUCUACCCCCUUACAGCUUAGACUUAGCAAAUAAAGAUCUAUUAUAAAGCUAAAGGCAUAGCUGGUAUAUAGACACAGGUGGUGGUGCCCCAGUUAUAAAGGCCCAUUGCUUUAUUGAUCUUUCAUAUUUGUUUUCAGCUUAUAAGAACUCCACCUGGGUCCUUGAAAAAGAAACAGAACAAAACCUUUUGUCUCCCUGACAAAUUAUUCCCAGUUCCUAAAAGAAUAAUAUUAAUAAGUAAGACAAACCCACUAAGAAUAUAUUUAAAGGACCAGGCAGUUGCUUAGCCCUUACACUCUUUGUGCUCACAGAUCCCAGAAAAUGUUCUUCAGAGGAAGAACCUGGCUUUGGUUAUGCAUCAGAACAGGUAUCAUUCUAGGAAGUGAGCUAAAUAGACCAGAGCAACAUGAAAAAAAUCAUUGUUAUCAGCUGAAUAUGUUUCACUGCACCUUUGAGGAUGCAGAAAAUUACUGUAGUAUUCAGGGAGGUCAGCUUGCUUUCACCUGGAACCAGGAGAUUCAAGAUCUCCUCUUGGACUUUCUGAAAGAAGGGAGCAAGUGGUGGAUUGGGAAAAACUUAGUGCCACUGGGAAAACAACGUCAAGGAAAAAACAACACAGAGGUCGCCACCCCCCGGGACACCAGGUCCACCAGCUGUAUUUACUUGUCCAAAAACUCCCAAUGGAUCUCAUCAAAAGUGGACUUGUGCUCACAGAGGCAUUAUUUCAUUUGCCAGGCUGAUGCCUUUUCAGACCAAGAUACCAGUUAUGAAAGAAAUGGAAAUAAUUCUCAUUCACACUGGAGACCCAAGAAGACAAAAAGAGAAGUUACAAUACUGAGAAAUAAAGUGACCUCAGCCACUCAUCUUUCAACCACAUGUCACCAACCUGCUGGUGCUAAUCUUUCCAAGACCCUGUGCCAUUCUAUCAGCCCAUUUCCUGCAGUACCACCCAGAGUCACACAGCAGGGAGUAUCAGCUAUGCCUGUACCUUCUAGCCAGACACCAGAGCUCACCAGGCCUGCGUCUGUCACACAUGCUGAAAAAGCUCUGGUAGAAGUAACUUCAAGCUCCAAAGAGGACUCACAUCCAGAUGUCUUCACCCCUCGUCCACAAGAAUCGUUUCAGAACACAACUGAUCAGGCCAUAGAUGAGAUAACACGGAACUUCAGCAAAGUAAUUCGUGGUUUGCAAGCUCACGACAAACUACAGCAAGCUUGUGAGGUCCUCCAGAACCUGGCAGCCUUUAUCCCAAGAUUUUCUGAGUCAUCUCAGGUCAGCGUCAUGGAUUCCCUUGUUUACCUGAAUGAACAGCUGCUGAAGACCAGCAGCAGCCUGGACUCCGGAAUGCCCGUAACCGUCUGCCUCUUUCACGCCCUCAGCAACGCUGUGAAAGCUGCUGAAGCAAGUCAGCGAAGAUCCAAGCAUGACAUUGAACAGGUGGAAAAUAUACUGAAAAUGUCCUUGCUGAGCCUUGGGAGGAUCCAGGAAGCAUUUCUACCGCAGAACCGGUGCUCCGAGUCUGCAGUGACUCUGACCUCUUCCGCUGCUACUCUGAUGCUGAGCAGACAAAACAUAUCAACUUUACCUCGGAGCUCUUACACCCUUGGUUCCCCAGCACCUGUGAGGUUAGGCUUUCCGUCAGUGUCUGCCUUGGAGGAGCUCCUGAAUAAACACCCAGGAGUCAGCGUCCAAGUAACAGGACUAGCUUUCAAUCCUUUCAGAGAUUUUGAUAACAAGAAGAUUGUUGGAAGCAUCGGAAGUGUGUUACUAAGCUCUAAUCAUAAAUUGCUCCAAGUCCAUGAUUUAAUGGAAGAUUUCGAGAUCACACUCUGGAGAAAUGAGAGCAUGGAAACCCAUCCCACCAACCUCAACGUGAGCACAGACCAUUUUAUUAUCAUGGUAAACGUCACUUCCCUGGAGAAAUCCCUGAUAGUGCACGUAGCGCCUGAAAGUCCCCUCUUAAUGACACUCUACCUGGGCUUCCAGUACCAGCCUAACCACACGUGCUCCCACCUGAACAUCACCUUGCCAAAGGAUAAGGUGUCGCAGAAAGACGAGGCGUACACGUGGGUGCUGACUCCGGAGAGCCUGCGGUUUGGGGUCGGCACCUACUAUGUGACAGCUGUGGUGAAUAAAAGCAAGGCGGGUGCUCAGCGGACACCCACCCUGUUCUGGGUGGUUACUGCUGCCACCCAGUGUUACUUCUGGGACAGCCACAGCGACACGUGGAGGAGCAGCGGGUGCCAGGUCGGGCCACAGAGCACACUUUUGAGGACACAGUGUCUCUGUAACCACCUGACCUACUUUGGCAGCGAAUUCUUCAUUGUGCCUCGGACGGUGAACAUCGAAGACACGGUUGAGCUGUUCCUUCGAGUGACCAGGAACCCAGUCGGGGUGUCACUGCUGGCCAGCCUUUUAGGAUUCUAUAUGUUCACAUUCGUGUGGGCUUGGAGAAAGGACCAAACAGACAUGCAGAAGGUGAAGGUCACUGUCCUGGCUGAUAAUGACCCCAGCUCUCAAUUUCACUACCUCAUUGAGGUCUCCACGGGCUAUCGAAGAAGGGCUGCUACCACAGCUAAGGUGGUUAUCACCCUUUAUGGAUCAGAGGGACGGAGCAAGCCCCAUCACCUCUGUGACUCCCAGAAGGCAGUCUUUGAACGAGGGGGACUGGAUGUCUUCCUCCUGGGCACUCCGUCUUCUCUAGGGGAAUUGCACAGCCUUCGGCUCUGGCAUGACAAUUCUGGCGUCAGCCCUUCUUGGUAUAUAAACCAGGUAAUUGUCAGUGACAUCGCAGGUAAAAGGAAGUGGCAUUUCCUGUGCAAUUGUUGGCUGGCCAUGGACCUUGGAGACUGUGAGCGUGACCGGGUCUUCUCACCCGUCUCAAAGAAGGAGCUCUUUUCCUUUAGACACCUGUUCUCCUCCAUGAUUGUAGAAAAGUUCACCCAGGAUUAUCUGUGGCUCUCAGUCGCAACUCGACAUCCCUGGAACCAGUUUACAAGAGUCCAGCGGCUCACCUGCUGCGUGACCCUCCUUCUCUGCAACAUGGUCAUCAAUAUUAUGUUCUGGAAGAUAAACGACACCACUGCCAAGAGAGAUGUGCAAGUGGGUCCCCUUGCCGUGACCUGGUCUGAACUGCUCAUCAGUGUCCAAAGCGCCGUCAUCCUUUUCCCCAUCAAUGUCGUGAUUGGGCAGCUUUUCCCGUUGAUUCAGUCACAGGAACCUCUGCCAUUCUUUCCUCCCAUCCAGGCCUCCUGCCCCUCAGGUGCUUCUUUUGAGCCUCUCCCUCUCACAGAGGUAGCUGAGGAAUUAAAGGAAACUGUGGGAUUCCUGCUCAGGAGAAAUACGUACCUACUCUCAGAGUGUGAACAGUCUUCAUGGAGUUCUUACAACAUUAACCAGCUGGUGAAACUUUUCUCCAGCCUCAUUUGUUCUCACUUAGAGGGUCAAGGUUCUCACCAGCAGGCAGGACCCUACUGGGAAAAUGCAGUUCCUGAAAACCACCAUCAUUUCUGCAAUUACCUGCUCAGAGUUCUGCAGAAACUCCAAUCUCACUUACGCACACUGGGCCCCACCCAGGCCGACCAGCCUUGUGACUUCCUAGAUGCAGUCACCCAACUGCAAAAACUCCAGGAACUCUUGGAAACACAUACACUUCCCACAGAGCGAGGGCCAUGCAGGGAGGCAAACAGUUUCCCCAUCCUGAACCCGGAAGAAGGGAAGCAAUCCAUCUCUAACAGCCCGCCCAGAUGGUUGACUUACCUCUGCUGGCUCCUACUGGGUACCACUAGCCUGGCCGCUGCCUUUUUUACAGUACUUUAUAGCCUGAAACUGAACAAAGACCAAGCCACCAGCUGGGUUAUUUCGCUGAUAUUAUCAGUGCUUCAGAACAUCUUCAUCAUCCAGCCAGUAAAGGUGAUCUUCCUCACGUUGUUUUUCUCACUGAUGCUGAACAGGAUGCCGUGGCUUCGCAAAGAGAAGGGACAACAAACCAAGAGGAUCUUGGCACUCUUGGCAAAAUGUCCUUCAUCAUUACCUGGCUCAAGAGAUAAGAACAACCCCAUCUAUGUAGCCCCAGCUAUGAACAGGCCAGUUAAGUGCCCGGAGAGAGCCUUGAAAGAGAAGAAACUCUUGAAGUUGACAGGAGAUAUUUUGGUACAAAUCCUUUUCCUUAUCCUGUUGAUGACUACAGUCUACUCUACCCAAAGCUCCAACAGGUUUUACCUCCAUCAGGCUAUCCAGAAGAGCUUUUCUCACGGUUUCUCAGAGAUCAAACUGCUUAAGCAUUUCUAUACCUGGGCCAAUCGCAUUCUCCUUCCUAACCUGUAUGGGGAUUACAGAGGAUUUAUUACUGAUGGGAACUCGUUUCUUUUGGGCAAUGUUCUGCUUCGUCAGAUUCGCAUUCCUGGUGCCAUAUUCUUUCCAACUCGAGUGCCUCCCCAAGAAAAAGUGAAGUCAUUUCACCAAGAUCAGGAGGAUACAGAGAACUAUGGGGUUAACUGGGGACCCCCUGAUACAAACAACACAAAAUCAGACAGCAUUUGGCAUUAUCAGAAUCAAGAGACACUGGGUGGCUAUCCCAUCCGAGGGGAAUUUGCCACUUACUCAGGAGGAGGAUACAUUGUGAGACUUGGAAGAAAUUCCACUACUGCAAUGAGAGUUCUGCAGCAGCUUGAACAGAGCCACUGGCUAGACCGUUACACCAAAGGCCUCUUUGUGGAAUUUGUGGUCUUCAAUGCUAAUGUGAACCUGUUCUGUGUAGUGACCCUGAUUUUGGAGUCCAGCAAUAUAGGUGCUUUCUUCACCUCUGUAAAACUGGACGUACUAACUUCUCUUCAGACAUCAAAGGACUUUGCCUGGUCUAUCAUCUCACAAGUCAUCUAUUAUCUUCUAGUCUGUUACUAUGUCUUCAUACAGGGUCGCCAGCUGAAACAGCAGAGGUGGAGGUUCUUCACUAGGAAAAGAAACAUUCUAGACAUGAGCAUAAUCCUCAUUAGCUUUGUCAUCUUGGGGCUUGAUAUGAAGUUUAUCUCUCUACAUAAGGAAAACAUGGCACAAUACCACUGUGACCCGGACAGGUUCAUCAACUUCUAUGAGGCAGUAAAAGUGAACUCAGCUGUCAUUCACCUCAUGGGCUUCCUGGUUCUACUGGCAACUGUUCAGCUAUGGAACCUGCUGCGUCAAAACCUCAGACUGCAGGUCAUUGGGAGAACACUCAGCAAAGCCUGGGACGAGGUGCUGGGCUUCUUGCUGGUCAUCCUGAUCCUGCUGUCAGGCUAUGCCAUUGCUUUUAACUUGCUGUUUGGAUGGAGCAUCUCUGACUACCGAACUCUUUUCAGCUCAGCAGUGACUGUUGUUGGUCUCCUGAUGGGAAUCUCUCAUUACAAGGAGGUUAUUGCUUUAAACCCAGUCCUGGGCUCCUUUCUGAUCCUCACCAGUGUCGUCUCGAUGGUACUUGUAAUCAUUAACCUUUUUGUAUCUGCCAUUCUUAUGUCCUUUGGUAAAGAAAGAAAGUCCCUUAAGACUCAGAAAGAAGCUGCACUGACAGACAUGUUGCUACAGAAGCUCUCAAGUCUGUUAGGAAUCCAGAGGCCCCAGAACACAUGUAAGCAAAUAGCUGUAACAGCAAUCGGUAUUGACAAAUGAAGUUU